AUGGAGGUCCCCGGCGCAGAAGACCGCAUCGACCAGGCGACAUUUGAGCAGAUUCUGGAAAUGGACGACAGCGUCGACGAUCGCGACUUCAGCAAGAGCAUAGUGUACGACUUCUUCACCCAGGCCGACAGCACCUUCGACAAAAUGGACUCGAGUCUUGACGCAAAAGACCUCAAGACGCUCUCCGAACUCGGACACUUCCUCAAGGGCUCAUCCGCCACGCUCGGCCUCACAAAGGUCCAGCACUCCUGCGAGAAGAUCCAGCACUACGGGCACAAGAAGGACGAGGCGGGCUCGGCGGACAUUACCGAGGAGGAGGCGCUGGAGAAGCUGAAGUCGGAGAUUGCGCAGGUGAAGAAGGAGUUUGGCGACGUGCAGAAGGUGCUGAAGAAGUUCUAUAAGGACGAGUCAUGA